GCACUCUCUCAAGUCCAACCAUCAUGUUGAAACGCGCUCACUGUAGGCAGCUCGCCUCCCUACGCCGUCGAUAUCUCUCAUCAAGUCGUACCCUCGAAUCUGUCGACCAUUUGUACUACUGCAGGGAUUUCGUACGGAAGCACGACUACGAAUCCUAUCUCAUUUCACACUUGUUUCCAAAGGAAUUUCAAGCUUUCUAGCUGAGCAUGUUUACGAUGACAGGUGGAGUUGGCUAUGGUUUCUGACACAGUAUCAAAUCCGACAAUUGGAAUGAUGAGGAUGCAAUUCUGGAAGGACGCCGUGAAAGGCAUAGUUGACGGGAAUCCACAUCGGCAUCCUAUCGCUCUAGCAUUGCACGAUGCCUCGCGAAUAACGAACCUCCCUCCUUAUCACCUCAAACGAAUGAUUGAUGCGCGAAGCUCUGAGCUCCAAGUACCAGUUCAUUUAACCACUGAAUCCCUUACAGCACAUGCUGAAUCUACUUCAUCAACUAUACUCUAUCUCCUGCUCUCGAUGCUUUCUCUCCAUUCUGAGCCUUUCUCACAUGCGGCAUCUCAUCUUGGCGUUGCACAAACAAUUACUACUCUGCUGAGAGGACUGCCGUUUCAUGCGCAACAAGGUCGGAUGGUCAUCCCUGCCGAAAUAACGGCCAAACAUGGCGUAGUACAAGAAGAGGUGUUUCGCAGGGGUCGGGAAGCUCGUGGGAUUGAUGAGGCGGUAUUUGAGUUCGCGACGCUAGCAAAUGAUCAUCUCAUUACCGCCCGAAGUAUGUUUAAGGAAGAGCGGCUGAAAGGGAAAGUACCACAAGAAGCUGUGGCGGUCUUUCUGGCAGGGGUACCGGUGUCCAACAUUCUCAGAACCCUGGAAGAGGUAAACUUUGACGUUUUCCACCCUAAAUUACAAAUGCGGGACUGGAAGCUACCAUGGAGGAUCUGGAAAAGCUACUAUUAUACACGGAUGUUCUAAUUCCAGGACAUGACAAAAAUAAUGAUUUGAGCUUCACUCCAU